CUUCGGGUUAAAAUUCACAUAUUUUCAAACCUAAGCCCCAGAAAACUACAUUUUACAUAAUAUAUAUACAAAUCUUCGAAGCGUUUAGGCGUUAAAGAUCCUAGGAUUAAACGCCUCACCACCAGAACUUCACUCCCGUCACGACUACCUGCCUCCCCAGUAAGAGCUCUAAGACAUAAAAAGUUCAGUUCCAGAUGUGGCUACAAACAUCCAUCUCAGCUGUGCUGUACACUUGGGCCACUGGUGGACCACUUGGUAUACUGCGGCUGUUGUGCCUGCUGAUAUACAAAAAGCGUCGUCCUUUCUUCUUAUCGCCAGUCCGCAAGACUUCACACGGCGCAACGGAAUUAUUUGAGGGGAAAAAGGAGUCAGAAAGGACCUUGGCACUUGGGGUUCUCCCAGCGGGCAGUACGAAAUCCAACAGCAAAAGGCCCUGGAAGAAGAAGCAAAGGACAAAGUAGAUAAUAUCAAUAUCAAUAUAGAUUGGGAUUCAAUAGGCUGAAGAAGGCGAAGUUUAGUUAGUGACUUAGCCCAAACUUCCUUAUGUUUACUUUACAAUCCACCCCGACGGCCAUUGGAGCUGUAGUGCCGCAUUGGUCUACAGGCGCCUUAAUAGAGCGUCUGCCGUCCUUAGAGGAUAUGGCGCACAAAGACAAUGUGAUUGCAAUGAGAAAUCUACCCUGUUUGGAUGCCGCUAAUGGUAUCGGCGGACUGGGCAGUAUUCCUGGGAAGACACCAAUGGGAAUGGAAUCAGUGGAAGCGAAUGUAACAGCGUCACAACCCCAUUCCACGUCAUCGUACUUUACCACAACUUACUACCAUUUAACAGACGAUGAAUGUCACAGUGGAGUAAAUCAGUUGGGCGGCGUCUUUGUUGGCGGCCGACCAUUGCCGGAUUCAACGCGACAAAAAAUAGUGGAACUGGCUCAUUCGGGAGCAAGGCCAUGUGAUAUUUCGCGUAUACUACAAGUCUCAAACGGAUGUGUAAGCAAAAUUCUAGGCAGAUACUAUGAAACCGGAAGCAUACGACCACGGGCUAUUGGCGGCUCAAAGCCACGAGUGGCAACCGCCGAAGUUGUUAGUAAAAUUUCCCAAUAUAAACGCGAAUGUCCGAGUAUUUUUGCAUGGGAAAUUCGUGAUAGAUUGCUGCAGGAGAACGUUUGCACGAAUGAUAAUAUACCAAGUGUUUCAUCAAUAAACCGCGUACUACGGAACUUGGCAGCACAAAAGGAACAACAAAACACUGGAGCAAGUAGCUCUUCAAACAACAGCAACUCCGGACAAAGCACAAAAACAAAUAGUAACAUCGGCAACGUCACAGAUCUGGUGCAGACUUCAACACCCUUAAAUUCAUCGGAAAGCGGCAGAGCCAGUAAUUCAGGCGAGGGCAGCGAGCAGGAGUCCAUCUACGAGAAGUUACGCCUGUUAAACACCCAGCAGCAGACAACUGGACCAUCCUUGGAUGCUGACGGCAUCGCUACAACUUCAUCUUCAGCUGUGGAACAAGUGCCAAGCAGCCAUUAUCAUCACCAUAACCAGAUGCAGGUGCAUCAUAACCCACAACCACAACAGCAACAGAGCUGGCCUCCAAGACACUAUUCUUCGGCAGGAUCUUGGUUUCCCAGUUCAUUGGUCAGUGGCAGUGAAAUAGCCAUUACAUCGCCAUCAAGCUUAGCCUAUACUACGGCAGAAUCACGAUCAACAACUGUCAUCCCGGAGACUUUGAGUCCAUCCAAUGAUAUUACGUCGCAUUUAAGAAGCUGCCCUCUGUCCACAACAGAGGAUAUUCAUUUAAAGAAAGAGCUUGAUGGCCAUCAGACGGAUGAAACGGGAUCCAACGAAGAAGAUAACUCUAACGGAGGCGCCUCAAACAUAGAAAACAACAUUGAGGAUGAUCAAGCUCGACUGAUACUGAAAAGAAAGUUGCAGCGCAAUAGGACAUCAUUUACAAACGACCAAAUAGAUAGUCUGGAAAAAGAGUUUGAACGCACCCACUACCCCGAUGUCUUUGCACGCGAACGCUUGGCGGGAAAGAUUGGGUUACCGGAGGCCAGGAUACAGGUUUGGUUUUCCAAUCGUCGUGCCAAGUGGCGCCGCGAAGAGAAGCUUCGUAAUCAGCGAAGAACGCCAAAUUCUACAGGGGCCAGUGGCACCUCAUCGUCCACUUCGGCAACGACUUCCUUAACAGACAGUCCCAAUAGCUUGAGUGCUUGUUCUUCUUUGCUAGGAGCAGGAGGAUCAGUGGCAGGAGGUGCCCCGAGCUUGGCAUCACCAAAUAUCGUGGCCUGCACCGCUGCUCCAGGUGUAACUGAGAGUACCGAAAGCUCAACGCUCACAAAUUUGCACCAUAGAUCUAGUGCAAGCUCUGCUGACAACACCCAGGGGCGCAGCAAUGAAGAAUGUAGAGGAGGUGGCGGCGACACUUGUUCACCCUGUCCGCUUGGAAUUUCCGGCCAGCCACAUCACCAGGAAAACAUUUCUCCUCAUGUACAUGCCCAUUCCCAUGCGCUGGUUCCUGCCAUGUCGCCACGACUAAACUUCAGCACUGGAAGCUUCGGGGGCUCCAUGAGUGCCAUGUACUCUAAUAUACACCAUACAACUGCUUUGUCCAUGAGCGAUACCUAUGGAUCGGUUGGACCCAUGCCCACCUUUAAUCAUUCCUCUGUUGUUGGCUCAUCGCUUGCACCACCAAUAUCGCCAAUAUCCCAACAGGGUGGCGAUCUAACGCCUCCUUCGCUAUAUCCUUGUCAUAUAAACUUACGACCGCCGCCACAUCACCAUCUGGUAACGAAUGAUGGGAAUUCUCACUUAGAUUCCAGAGGAAACUGUAGCGGAUCAACAGGGGGAUACGAGGCACUGUCUGCCUAUACUUUGCCACCACCACCACCGCCAAUUCCAUGUUCGAACAGUGCUUCAUCAUCGAAUUUCUCCGGAAGCUCUUCCUUGUCCAGCACAACCGCCGCCGCCGCUGUUACCUCCGCCCAUCAUCAUCAUUCCACUAUGGAGUCCCGUCACUCGCCAUCCUGUGGAUCCAGCUCCAAUCACUUGGGUAUAAGCCAUACUUCUGUCUUUGCCGCGGACUCAAUUUCCCCGACUGUGUCGCCGUACAUGAGCUACAACUAUGCGGCAGCUGCCGCUUCGGCUUCCUCCAAUGCCAAUGGAGGAGUGGUGACAACGCCUGUUACUGGGGGAAACGUAUCCUCUGGAAAGCAACAGUUCUUCGCCUCUUGCUUUUAUUCACCUUGGGUUUAGAUUUAAAUAUAGUUAUAAGAUGCCUCCCUCGAAUCCACAAAUAAGGUCAUCAAAUAUUAAAUCGAAUUUACAUAUCUCUUAAUGAAAAAUAUAUAGAGGUUGUAGAUCAAAUUGUGUAACUCCGCCCACUAAUUUCUAAUCCUAGGGAGCAUAGAAUAUGUUGGUGUUUAAAAUAAAUUAAUUAGAAGUAUAAUGAAAACAAGAAGGAAAUAUACAGACGAUUAUAACUGCAAAUAACGGUGGAAUACAUGAUACCAAACUCAUUUUGGGUGACAUUAAAGGGAACGUGGAAACGGAUUACUUACUUUGUCUUAUUAUGAUCAAUUUUACAGAACAACUAUAUUAAAGAGUACGGAAGAAUGAAGAAAAAUUUGACAAAUGAAGUUUAAUGUUGCUCAACACCCAAAUAAAGACAACUGUUUCUAAAAACAUGUU